UAAAUAUAUAUCCAGAGAUAGAGAAAGGAACGCAAAGCAUAUUCCCCAUUUUGGAAAAACGGACAGCCAGCCACCUAACAGCCACCACCUCAUCAUCUAAUCAUGACAAGCAUCUCCGCUCUGCUCCAUAGGAGUAACAGCCACAGUAAUGGUGGCUACACAAGCAGUGGCAGUGGCAGCGGCAGUAGCCAACACAGUCAACACAGUAGUAGCCUUUCACCGCAGUUGCCCGGCAUGGGUAUGGCAAUGACAACAACAGCAGCAGCUGCAGCCGUGGCAGCAGCAGCGGCAGCCGUAGCUGCAGCAUCAUCAUCAUCGCCAUCACCUCCUUUACCUGGAACCCAACAGCAGCCCGGAGGGGCAACCAACAAGCUACUCUCCCAUCAUCAUCAUCAACAUCAACAUCAUCAUCAUCAGCAUCAUCAGCAACAGCAGCAGCAGCAGCAGAGCUCCACCAACCCCAAUUCCAGUUCCAACAGCAACUCCAAUUCAAAUGGGGGAUCGCAUCACAGUCAUGACCACAUUAAACGACCAAUGAACGCUUUCAUGGUCUGGUCCCGUGGCCAACGACGCAAAAUGGCGCAGGACAAUCCCAAAAUGCACAAUUCGGAGAUAUCCAAACGUUUGGGUGCCGAAUGGAAAUUGCUCACCGAGGGACAGAAGCGUCCAUUCAUCGAUGAGGCAAAACGUUUGAGGGCGCUGCACAUGAAAGAACACCCCGAUUAUAAAUAUCGGCCUAGACGCAAACCCAAGACGCUAAACAAGUCACCAGUGCCGGGUGGUGGUAAUGGUGGCGCAGCCGGCGGAGGAAUUGGUGGUGGAGGUGGUGUUAAUGCAACAUCGGCUAGCAAUUCGAAUGGUGUCAUUGGAUCGGCAGCGAAUUUGACUGGUGUCAAUUUAUCCAGUUCAAAGGACAGUUCACAACCUUUGCAUUCACCGUCAAUGGCUCAUCAUCAUUUACAUCAUCAUCAGCUGCAUGGACAUGGUCAUCCGCAGACACAUCCUCAUGCUGCGGCUGCAGCGGCCGCCCAUCAUCAUCAUCAAGUCCAAUUGGCUGCAGCGGCAGCGGCCAAAUAUGGUUUUGGCUCACCAUUGGAACUCUCACUGCCCCGUCUGCCGAAUGCAUUCCCCACCCUCGCCCAUUAUCCACUGGAUCCAACGCUCGCCCUCGAUCUGCAGGCCCGUUUGCAAAUGUAUGCUGGUAGCAUUUAUCAUCCAUGGCGUUAUUUACCAUUAAUUAGCCCAGAGACACCACCAUCGCCCCCAAGUAGCAGUGGCACCGGCAUCUCAUCCUACGGCUGUGUCAAAUCAGCCAAAUCCUCACCAGUGUCCAACACUGUUGUCCUACCAGUUCCAGUGGCGGCCACAACGCCUCCGAAUAUUAUUUGACCGACUCCAUUGCGCUAUGGCGCCACCGCCGAGCAUGCGGUCUA